UGAAAAAUAAGCGGCAGCCAUGGAGGCCGAUCGCGAGAGCGGGACGGAUUUUAGAAUAAACGUCAAGUCGAAAAAACACGUCCGUGAGCAGCUUGAAAGGUAUAAAGGCUUAUUUAAAAAGUUGCUCGAUGGCCAGUCCCACAUUUCUGAGGAGGACAAAUCUAAACUGCUGCAAGAAAUGAUCGUGAACUUUGAAUUUACGGUGCAAGAAAAUCUCGUUAUCGGUGGCUUGUCCUGGGACGAGGUGCCGGAGCAUUAUUGUGAAGACUAUGACAGCGCAAUAAAUGACGUUCUGGAUGAGAAAAUAGUAGAAACCGCCUGCAAACGCAGCUCUCACCCAAAGCAAAUACGCAACCAGGUUGUUCGAUCUUUAAGAGCAGAAAGGAAACUUCUGGGUUUGUAUGAACAGGCGGUAAAACCACAAGACCUAAAGCCAGACCCCGUUCAAGACACUGUCAUUAAAAAUGUAUCAGAUGCUGCACCUGCAAUGUUCAAACAAGCCGGCACAGUUAUGAGGUCUCUGAAAAGUCUGAAGCAGGCAGCUGAGGGCUUGCGUCAAGUGCUUGACAUGCAGCCUUCAGCGGAGUCGGUGGAGAUCUACAAUGAAGUGUUUGGCAGUUCAGUAGGAGAUGUCUGUUCAGACCUCCACCACAGACUUCCCUGCACUAUCAAAAGAGCUGCGUCUGAUGCAGAAUACAGUGCAGACUAUGUACCUGCUCCAAAAACCGUCCAAAUGACUGAUUAAUGUGUAUCUCUGUGUGUGUCGUUUUUUUUUGUGGGAAUAGAGAAGGGCAGCAUAGGAGUACCGUAUUCAUUCCUGUUAUUAAAUAAGUGUUUUGUAUGUUGAUUCUUACCAGUAUAAUGUAAAUAAAUGUUCACUAAAUGUUUUGUUCGUAUAGUUAAAAAUGAAAAUAAGUUUUCUUUUUCAUUUACAAUAAAUGAUGACUUUUGUGCUGAUGCGGUCCAGCUUCAUACCACAAGAUGUUGUUGGUCUACCAGUAUUGGUUUCCUAAUGAUGGUACUUUCUGAACACGUUUUUAUUAAACGUGGACAAACAGGGCCUUUUUAUGUUUGUAUCACAUGUGAACAAUGCUGAAAAAUAAACAAUUCUCCUAGCACAUU